AUGGGUAAAAACGAUGACGUUUCCUUCACUUCAUCUUCUCUCAAAAUCCCUCCUUUCCGUCACCACCAAACUAAACACUCUCUCCCUUUCUUUGCUCAACUCGCCAUAACCAAACUCAACUUCACCAACCGCCUCGACUCACUCCUAACCCGCCCAUCAACUCGGACUCCCAACUCACCUCUCCUUUGCUCCGCUUCACUCUCCCUAAGUCAGCCCUCCUCCCCCGGUUCAGACCCUAAACCACCUCCUAUCCUCAGCUCCGCCUCGCUGUCGCUGAGUCAGUCACAAUUCGGUGAGUCGGCUCAGCCAGACUCGCUGGUGGCUCAGCAGAAGAGUGCUGGGGCGAGUGGGGUUCAUGGGCCUAGUCGGUAUGAUGAGGAGAGGGUGUUGAUAAGUGAAGUGCUCGUGAGGAAUAAAGAUGGAGAGGAAUUGGAGAGGAAGGAUUUAGAAGGUGAGGCUUUAGCGGCGUUAAAAGCGUGCCGUGCUAACUCGGCUCUUACUGUUCGCGAAGUUCAAGAGGAUGUGCAUAGGAUUAUUAGUAGUGGGUAUUUUUGCUCCUGUAUGCCUGUUGCUGUUGACACCCGUGAUGGCAUUCAAUUGGUUUUUCAGCUUAUGCUUAUAGAAAGUUUUAGUCUUUUAAGCAACGCAGUGUUAUGGGUUGCAUUAAUGACUAAUGCUGCUUUCUUGUGGCAUAAGGUAGAACCAAACCAGGAGUUUCAUGGUCUAGUUUGUGAAGGAGCUAGUGUUCUUCCGACAAAGUUUCUACAGGAUGCUUUCCGUGGUGGAUAUGGAAAAGUGGUAAAUAUUAAGCAUUUAGAUGAAGUAAUAAGUUCUAUCAAUGGCUGGUACAUGGAGCGUGGGCUUUUUGGCAUGGUUUCAAAUGCUGAGAUUCUCUCUGGGGGUAUAAUAAGGUUACAAGUUGCAGAAGCAGAGGUGAAUGACAUUUCCAUACGUUUUCUUGACCGAAAAACUGGUGAACCAACCAAAGGGAAGACAAAGCCUGAAACGAUACUUAGGCAACUUACAACCAAAAAGGGACAGGUCUACAGCAUGCUUCAAGGAAAAAUGGAUGUGGAUACUGUGUUAACUAUGGGAAUUAUGGAAGAUGUUAGCUUUAUUCCCCAACCUGCUGGAGAUACCGGUAAAGUGGAUUUGAUAAUGAACGUUGUUGAACGUCCAAAUGGAGGUUUCUCCGCUGGUGGUGGGAUAUCAAGUGGGAUCACAAGUGGCCCUCUAUCAGGACUUAUUGGAAGCUUUGCAUAUUCUCAUAGAAAUGUUUUUGGACGAAACCAGAAGCUUAAUAUUUCCCUAGAGAGAGGCCAGAUUGACUCAAUCUUCCGCGUAAACUACACAGACCCAUGGAUUGAAGGGGAUGACAAGCGGACUUCUAGAACAAUUAUGGUUCAGAAUUCAAGAACCCCUGGGAAUCUUGUUCAUGGUAACCAACCUGGCAACAGUAGCCUGACCAUUGGCAGAGUUACAGCUGGUUUAGAAUUCAGUAGACCACUCAGGCCAAAGUGGAGUGGAACAGUCGGACUUAUUUUUCAGCAUGCUGGUGCUCGUGAUGAAAACGGUAAUCCUAUUAUUAAGGACCAUUACAGCAGCCCUCUUACUGCAAGUGGGAAGACUCAUGAUGAUACGCUACUUGCUAAAUUUGAAAGUGUCUAUACAGGUUCUGGUGAUCAUGGCUCUUCAAUGUUUGUGUUUAACAUGGAACAAGGACUACCUCUUUGGCCCGAGUGGCUGUUUUUCAACAGAGUUAAUGCUCGUGCUAGAAAGGGUGUAGAAAUUGGUCCUGCUCUCUGUCUUCUGAGUUUGUCUGGCGGUCAUGUGGUGGGUAAUUUCUCUCCUUAUGAAGCAUUUGCCAUUGGUGGAACAAACAGUGUGAGAGGAUAUGAAGAGGGAGCUGUAGGCUCUGGUAGAUCUUAUGCAAUUGGCUCUGGCGAAAUUUCUUUCCCUGUGUUCGGCCCGGUGGAAGGAGUUGUUUUUGCUGACUGUGGAACUGAUCUAGGAUCCGGAUCCACAGUGCCUGGUGAUCCUGCUGGGGCAAGGCUUAAGCCUGGAAGUGGAUAUGGGUAUGGCUUUGGCAUCCGUGUCGACUCCCCUUUAGGCCCUCUUCGGCUUGAAUAUGCAUUUAACGACAGGCACACAAAGAGAUUUCAUUUUGGAGUAGGUCACCGAAAUUAA